CGCCUGCGCACUCGGACCCCGCGUUCGCGCAUUGGCGCGAAGCUGGCGGCGGGGGAUGGAGCGCGGGUCGGUUGGCCCGCCGCCAACGGCAUAAACCGACGUCGCGGGAGGCGGUUCGGCAGUCGGCGCCGGGCGUAGGCAUGGUGAGCGCGAGCGGAGGGGCGGCCGGGGCCCGGCCCUUCUGAGAGGAAACCUCUCGGGGGGCCGAGGCGGGAGGUCGCGGGUGGGACUCCUCCUUGUGCUCCAUGAGGGCGAGAAACUUGUUGAGGCGGUGCAUGCGAGGGAUUGCUACGAAAUAACCUCUUUUCCCUCGCUCGCCUAAGCCCUAUUCUCCAACCCCAAUGCCCCCUCCCCUCCCCAAACCUUAUUCUGCUAUUAGGGAGUGACUGGGGGGGAGGUGGGACUUAAUUAUUGCAAAUUUCUUCAGAGAGGGAGGCUUAAGAAAAAAAAUUCGGGGUGUGUGUGUGUGAGGAAUUCAAACACGCUGUUGUUUUUGCGAUGGGACAACAUUUAGGUCGGUAAGUACGCUUGAGGAAGAAGCACAGAAACUGCUUUUGGAGAAGCGAAGGCUUUUAAUUUUGCCUCCUGAAAAUGCCAGGUAAUGCUAAAUAGGGCGUGUAUAUGUCCACACACGUAUAUGCAAGUACGGUACUUUGCAAUCAUUUAUUAUUUAUUAUUAUUUAUACCCCACCCAUUUGGCUGGGUUUCCCCAGCCACUCUGGGCGACUCCCAACAGAAUAUUAAAAACAUGAUAAAACAUCAAACAUUAAAAACUUCCCUAAACAGGGAAUUAUUUCUAUGCAAUUUUACUUACCAAGCAAUACUAAAUUACAUUAAUUUUAUCAAAAUAGAUUUUGUGUUCCUAAGUCAUGUUACGACUUUUUAGAACCCCUCAUUUUUGGAAAAGUUCAACGUGUCCUAUUCUGCCAUUGGAAGAGGGGUUGUUGUUGUUAUCUACCACCCCUUCAUCCAAUGAUCACGGGAGGUUUACAACUUGAACCCUUGUCUCUCAUUCUUCCCUCCCCUUCUCCUUUUUGGUGAGAUGUUUGGAACAUCAUGUUCCAGACCUUAACAAACGUAGGGUCAUAGGAAGCUGACAGCAGUUCCUGAGCGUUUCAGACCGAGGUAUCUUCCAACACAAAAUUGAACUUGGGACUUUCUGCAUCCGUAGCAGAUGCUCUGCCACUGAACCACAGUUUUCUGUAAAGAGUUGUUUAUUCCAAAGCAGACUGAUUACUUGAGUUCGCAGCUCGCUUCAGCUGCAUGCUCAGGGGUUUUCCACACAUAACACAGCAGCAAAAUUCAGGCUUGUCACAGAGUAUAGCCUCAAUAGGGAGCCACAGUGUACGUUGGGACUCCUUGACUAUUUUGUCUGUACGAUACACAUGUUUUCAAACAUUCUUUUGACACUUUACAUAUCUAAACUAUGUGUCAAGUGAUGCUGCGCCCCCACUUUGCAUCUUCUCUGAAGAUGGCAAUUUGUAUAACCUGGGCUAUCUUUAGGUACAGCCACAUCUGCCUGACAGUUAUUUCUGUGGUCCUGGCAGCACAGCUUUUGGUAUGUAUGUGGGCAUCUGGGUGAGUUACCUGUAUGCUAGAUGCUGCUGUUAUGUAUCCUGUGAAAGUGAAUGUAUUGUUGCACAACUUGGAUACCUUUUUGGCAAUUUUUAAUGCUAUAACCCACCCUGAGCAUUAAAUAAAAUUAAAAUAAUUAAAGUGAUGGUCUAUUCCCACAUGGCUUCUUAGUAGUUGACAGCUUUCGAAUAGUGUCAUAUAACUGAAUUAGUUUUCUAAAAUGUAUCGCAUCAACUUAAAAGGCAGUUUUAAAAGAUGUCCCCAGCCAUUCUUCCCUUAACGUUUGUGAACUUUCACACCAGUGCAUGCAGGUGUGACUCAGGCUUGUUCUGAUGCCUUAAUAACACCUCUGUGUUCCACCUGCAAAUUUCUGUAUUUGAAGUUGCUGUUAAAGAGACAUCCACAGAGGCUUAAAUUUCAUAAUCUAAGGUUUUGGGGGUUUCUUGUUGGGAUUAAAUUAGGAAUAGGAGCCUUUAGGUCAGAGCUGCUUAUUUUUGCUGUUGAAAAACUUCCUCAUCAGUGUGAGAGGGUUGAAUUUUGCCUACAGCAGCCCUUCAACAUAUGUAGAGAAAUGCUUCAGUGCCUUAUCUUCCUGUUUACGCUACUUUUAAAACUGGUUGGUACAAAGGUGGUUUUGGUGAGAGCAGCUGCUUUCCAUCAAGUUCAACAGACAGAUUUUGUUUUUAGAUAGUUUCUUCCCUGGCAUCUUAUCUGAUUUAUCAGUUUCAUUUGGGUAAAAUAUACUCCUCUUUGUGGCUGAAAAGUCUAGAAACAGUUACAAGUAUCUUUUGAAAGUUAGAAUGCAUUUAUCUUUAAGUUUAGAAUGAACAGUUGUUGCUCUUUGGAUGUUAGCUUGAAAAAAGUGUGCAUCUCCCAGGUGCAGUCUGAGUAAAAUGACUCAUGUAGCAUCUUGCCAUCAGCUGUUCAGGAAGCAAUUUUCUAAUCACAGAUUAGCAGCAAUUACCUGAUACCGCCCUGGGUUGAGAGGGAUAGGGCAAGGACACCAACCUGUAGUCCGUGCUUGUAAAAGUGGUUCAGAUUAGGUCUUCAAUUAGACAUGCAUUUAGGAGCAAGUUCUAUUGGACCCAGUGGGAAUUAACUUCUGAGUAACUGUGCAAAGUCCCAGAUUAUACAGGGUGCCCUCGGUAUGUAAAUGUAAAACAUUGCAGGUAAAGGCUUUCCAACUUUUCUCGCUACAUUAUGAGUCUGGCACUCUUUAAGGCAGGACUGGAGAAUCUUUGGGCCACCAUGUGUUGCUGGACUACCAACUCCCAUAAUGUUUGACCAUUAACUAUGUUGAUUGGGGCAAGGAGUUAAUAAUACAGUAUCUAGAGCGCCACAUGUUCCUUCUUGCUUUAGAAAAUUAUUGAAUUCACAAACAUAAAUUUGAGUCACAAUGUUUUGGACAACUAGGUCUCUAUAAGACUAUGUUUCAUUUAGUUAACAGGUUUGUUGUAAAAAAAGAAGGCUCACUGUAACCUCUGUAAUGUCAUAUUUACAACAGCCAUGUGAGUCGGGGUGCUGCUCAAGUUACCACUGGCUUCUGGGCCAUUCAGGGAUUUGAAUAUGGGACAAAGUCCAACAAUGUUCCAUUUACUCAGUGGCAUUCUUACUCAGAUUUCACAUGUGCCACCUUGAUAGGCUUUUUAAUAUAUUUUUUUAAAAAUAUAAUCUUAUUUUAAACACUGUGUUAUCUGACUUCUCCUUUUAAAAUCUUGGUUGGCAAAUCCAGACUUGUACCCUGAAAUUUUUGAAGAUGACAGAUCCUUAAAUUAUACCUUACCCUUUUAACUGUUUCACUUUUAUUAGGAUAUCCGGAAAUUCUUUGGAGCAGUAAUUCCUAGAAAUAAACAAGAAUGUGACACUACCAGAAAGAAUGAGAAACCCCCAAAUAAGGAGGGGGCUUCAGGUGAAAAGUCAAAAUUAAAGGAAAUCAAGGUGCGUAUAUGCUGUUCAGAUAUAUAUGCCUGUUACAUCUUUGUCAUAUGCUUUUAUCUUUACUUCUUUGCUAGUGUUCCUGUUCUUAGUUUACCUGUGGCUUUGACAAUGAUUGUUUGAAUCGCCCUUCAUUAAAAAAAAAUAAAUCACUCCAGAAUCCAGAGACCAUCUCAUAUGUCAUUUUUUGUUUUUAAUUUGUCAGUGUAUGUGACAGUCCCUUGAUCCAACAAUGAACUUUAUUGGGCUGUCUCUCUUAAGGUAGUACUUGGUAAACAAGAGUUAAUGUUGGGAUGAGUAACUAAUGAACCAUUUCAACUAGGUGAAGAAUUCAUCUCGUGGAGAGGAUUCUGGGCACAAACAGGUGAACAAGAAAAAGAGGAUAAUCUAUGAUUCAGGUAACAUUUAUGACUUCUGUUGCUAUGUUUUUUCCAUCUUUGAGAUAACUUUCCUCUGCUAGAGAUUCUUUUGAGAGAGGCUUACAAAAUCUUGGCAGGUGUCGUCUCCCAAAUGAAAUAAUUUUCAGUGAUAAAUUAGGCAAAAUGUGUGUCUACAGUGAUAGUAUCUAUUAUGACCCUUAGGUCACAUGGUGAAUAUUGCUAUUCCAUAGCAUGGAGUUAAUGUUUAGGGCUGUAAUCCUAACCCCAUUUACAGUGAGGGGGAAAAGUAUUUGAUCCCCUGCUAAAUUUGCCCGUUUGCCUUCUGACAAAGAAAUAACCUACCAUUAAAAUUAUGGACUGGUCUAUUGUAGCUGUGAGAGACAGAAUAACAACAGGAAAAACCUCCGGAAACCCAGAAGACAAAAGUCAAAGAUUGAUGUGCAUUAUAAUGAGUGAAAUAAGUAUUUGAUCCCUUUGCAAAAGAUGACUUAGUACUUGGUGGCAAGACCCUUGUUGGCAGUUACAGAGGUCAGACGUUUCUUGUAGGUGACCACCAGGUUUGCACACAUCUCAGGAGGUAUUUUGUCCCACUCCUCUUUGCAGAUCCUCUCCAAGUUAGUGAGAUUUCGAGGCUGAUGUGUAGCUACUCGAACCUUCAGCUCCCUCCACAGAUUUUUGAUGGGAUUAAUCUGGAGAUUGGCUAGGCUACUCCAGGACCUUAAUGUGUUGCUUCUUGAGCCACUCCUUUGUUGCCUUGGCUGUGUGUUUUGGGUCAUUGUCAUGCUGGAAUACCCAUCCUCGACCCAUUUUCAGUGCCCUGGCUGAGGGAAGGAGGUGCUCACCCAAGAUUUGACGAUACAUGGUCCCGUCCAUCGUCCCUUCGAUGUGGUGAAGGUGUCCUGUCCCCUUAGCAAAAUAACACCCCGAAAGUAUAAUAUGCCCCCCUCCAUGUUUGACGGGGAGAUGGUGUUCUUGGGGUCGUAGGCAGCAUUCCUCCUCCUCCAAACACAGUGAGUUGAGUUGAUGCCAAAGAGCUGAAUUUUGGUCUCAUCUGACCACAACACUUUCACCCAGUUCUCCUCUGGGUAAUUCAAAUGUGCGUUGGCAAACUGCAGACAGGUCUGUACACGUGCUGUCUUGAGGAAGGGGACCUUGCGAGCUCUGCAAGAUCUCAGUCCUUCACGGCAUAGUAUGUUACCAACUGUUUUCAUGGUGACUAUGGUCCCAGCUGCCCUGAGAUCAUUGACAAGUUCCCCCCGUGUAGUUCUGGGCUGCUUCAUCACCGUUCUCAUGAUCAUUGCAACUCCACGAGAUGAGAUCUUGCAUGGAGCCCCAGACCGAGGGAGGUUGACAGUUAUUUUGUGUUUCUUCCAUUUGCGAAUUAUUGCACCAACUGUUGUCACCUUCUCACCAAGCUCCUUGGCAAUAGUCUUCUAGCCCAGGCCAGCCUUGUGCAGGUCUACAGUCUUGUCCCUAAAAUCCUUGGACAGCUCUUUGGUCUUGGUCAUAGUGGCUAAAGUACUUUGGAAUCUGCUGGAUUGAUUGCUUCUGUCAACAGGUGUCUUUUGUACAGGUACUGUAACGAGCUGGGAUUACAGGUAAGACCUCUCCCUUACAGUAGGUGCUUCUAAUCUCAGCUCGUUACAUACAGUGAAGAUACCAGGUAGCCUAACAUCUGGCUGCUUGAUAGGGGAUCAGAUACUUAUUCAACUCAUUAUAAUGCACAUCAAUCUCUGACUUUCGUCUUUGGGUUUCUGGGGUUUUUCCUGUUGUUAUUCGGUCUCUCACAGCUACAAUAAACCUGCCAUUAAAAUUAUGGACUCGUCAUUUCUUCGUCAGAGGGCAAUUGGGCAAAUUUAGCAGGGCAUCAAAUACUUUCUCCCCUCACUGUACCUAGGAAUAAGCUCCACUGAAUUCUGUAGGAUUUACUUCUGAGUAGGCAUGGUUAGGAUUGCAUUCUUAGGCUUGUAUAUCUGCCUCUUUUAUAUGAACAGCUGAGCAUUAUAUUUGGCUGUUGUCCCAUUCAGCCCAGUAUUGCCCAGUUUAACUGACAAUGCCUCUCCAAGCCCUUGGGCAGAGGCCUUUCUCAGCCCUGUUACCAACUUCUGACAUGCCCUCAGAUUUAUUUUUUAAACAAUAAAUAAACAAAUUCACUCCAAAUAGUUUGUGCAGCUUUUUUGUGGACUGGACCUCCAUCAACUGACUGAGUAGAAUCGUUCUUAAAGGCUGUUAAAACACUACAAAAAGGUGACAGGCUUCUUAGAUUUUUCUUUUUUACUGUUUUCUGAAGCAUAUUUCUUCUGUGGGUGAAGAAAUUGUGCAAGUUUGCUUCAAUGUAAAUGCAAAACCUGGCCUGCUCUAUGUUAUUUCUCAGACCCCUGUGGGCCAAUUUUGGCAAGUUGGUGGGACCUACUUGCAAAGCAACCAUUAGGAGCCCACUUGAAGCUCUUAGUUGUUCCUUUGGAGUCACGUCCUGGCCUGCACCUAACGUCACAUAGGUGAUUUGGGGAAAUGACCUCGUGGGGCAAGUUGGGAUUAUGCUGGACCUACUUAGGCCUGCAGAUCAGAGGCUCCUUGUCUCUGAAUUAGAAGGGAGCUUUAGUCAGAAUCUCAAGUGAAUGCAGAAUCGCUGUUCUCUUCUUUGGCUGUUUUUCUCUUUAGAUGGAUAUGGCAGAAUUUAAUGAUACCACUGUGCUAAAUUGCAGAUUCUGAAGAGGAGGUCCAGGUGGUGAAGAAAUCUAAGAAGCCGCCAGAUAGAAAACAGUCUUCAAGACCUGAUAAGAUUCUAAAGAAGGACCCUGUUGUUUAUGUUUCAGAGACAGGUAAUGAAUUCAGCCUGAAGGCAGCUCAUAUGUGGGGUUUGCGCUGUAGUAAAAAUGCUCAUGUAAAAAGAAGGCUUUUAAAAGUUCAUGGAAGCAAUGCAAAAAUAAACUUGCCUCUACACUAUAUUAUUGUACUUUAACCUGCACAAGAAACAUAUACCCAGUUUGUUUACUUACAGAUUUUUCUCUUUCAAGUUAUCGACUGUGACCAAAACAUGCCAGAAUUCUCAAACUUUACAUUUAAAGCAGUGGCAGUCAUGACCCCCCCCCCAAAAAAAAAUUCUGGGUACUGUAGUUUGUUAAUAGAGUUGUUGGGGGACCCCUAUUUCCCUGCAGAGAGCUACAAUUCCCAGGGUGGUUUAACCGUCAGUCCCUCUUGCCUGGGAACUAUGGGAAUUGUGGCUCUCCAAGGAGAAUGGGGUAUCCUAAUAACCCUCAGCCCUCUUAACAAACUGCAGUUCCCAGGAUUCUCUGGGGAAAGCCAUGAUUGCUUAAAGUACGAGCCUGCUUUAAAUAGGGUGGAUAGGGUCUAGGUCAUUUGUGGUCUAAAAGAGGGUUAAUUUUUUUAAGUAUGAAAACAUUUUAUACUUUCUACAGUAAACCAGGUUGAAUGGUUGUUUAUGGCUCUAGUAUAAUUACUCAAACAAAGAACUGCAUGGUUUUGUAACAACAUGCUGUUUUCUAUAUUUUUAGCAGAAUACCCUUUUUUGGAAUGAGUGUUAAACAUUGUGGGGUGUAAUGUCAGACAAGCUAAAUGAUAGGUGGAUAAAUCCGCUCUAAGGAUGGGAAUAAUAAGGUUGAUGAAAAACUAUUUUUGAUGACUGAAAACUGAAAAUUAAUUUCCAUUGUCAUUGAGCUUUGGACUGAAGGGUUUUGAAAUUUUCAUGAUGUAUGUUCUCUUUAGACUUGUGUGUGUUUAUAUCUAUAUCUAUAUAUCUUUAGAAUGCCCUUGGGGAUGUGCUCAGAAGUAAGGCAACCAGAGGCAUUCUGCAUUAGGUAAUCUGAGAGGUGUAGUUAAAGAUUUCUGCAUGUGACGUGCCAAGAAAACAUUUGGUCAAGGUUAAUUGUGGAGUGUCUUGGUUGCACAUCAAGGUUAUUCUUAUCUAGUGAUUGUAGUUAGAGUUAACGACUUAAUUUGAAACACAUACUGAUCAGCUGUGUAUGGUUGAUCUGUCCCCUGGCUCUGAGCAGUUUUUUUACAGACAAUUGACGUUGCUACUCUGAAACUGUCAAUAGGUGUGUCUCAGCCUUGAAAUAUAUGAAAUAAGAUAAUGCGAUGCAUAAUUGAUUCCUAUAUUAGCCACUUUACAGCACUACAGACUCCAUGACUGAGCAGAUCUGAAGCAUUGUUUAGGUCUUCCAGACCUAUUAUAUUGGGGGUGAGGGUGGGUUAUUGGUUUGUUCUUGUUCUUGUUUUUAUUAUGUACCGUAUUUUUCGCCCUAUAGGACGCACUUUUUCCCCUCCAAAAAUGAAGGGGAAAUCUGUGUGCGUCCUAUGGGGCGAAUGCAGGCUUUCGCUGAAGCCUGGAGAGCGAGAGGGGUCGGUGCGCACCAACCCCUCUCGCUCUCCAGGCUUCAGGAAGCUAUCUGCAAGCCUUGGGAGCCUGCGGGAGUUCCCGUUGGGCUCCCAAGGCCUGCGGACAGCCCUCAGCCUGAAACCCGGGGAGCACAGCGGAGCGCGCUUCGGGCAGAUAUCCGCAAGCCUGGGGAGACCGGCGGGAGUUCCCACCGGGCUUCCAAGGCUUGCGGAUAGCAGCCUGUUCUGGGGGCUGGGGUCAGGGGAAGCUCGGUCUUCCCCAGCCCCGCGCCUGGGGGGGAAAUAAAAAAUGUUUUCUUUACCCCCCCCCCAAAUCUAGGUGCGCCCUAUAGGGCGAAAAAUACAGUAGUUUGUGGGGGGGUUUAUCUGGUAUUUUUGUGUUGUGAACUGCCCUGAGAUCUAUGGCUGGAGGGUGAUAUACAAAUUAUUAUUAUUAUUAUUAUUGGCUUCAUUCAGGGCCAGCUCUAGACUUCUUGGUUCUAGGACCAUCCACUGGAGUAUCUCAAAUUACUGGGUAUUGUAAAAUCUUGUAAUUGUCAUGAUCAGCUAAUUAAUUCCUGAAAAUACAGAUUCCUUCAGUGCUCAUGGGGUUCUGGCUAAUUGGUUCAGCCUUAGGAAUUCAUGGAGCCCAGUUGUAUUGGUUCUUAAAUUUUUUUGAGCUUUCUCCUUUGACUUUGACUGUUGUUCUGCUGAGGGGUAUGUUAUCCAAAGGAAACAGUGGGCUGAUUAGUGCCAUUAGUGUUGACGCUUUUUAGUGUCCUUUGUGUUUUGCUGCUGUAGACAGCUUGAUACAAAUGAAGAGGAAAAGAAAUUAAAUAGCACUGUGCUGGUACUAAAGCAGACUGAUUGCAGCAUUGCAUUUAAAAUACCAUGCAGUGGCAGCAGUAAAAUGAUUUCUUCUGCCAUCCAUUGUUCAAAGCACAAUUCUGUAGUUUUUUUCCUGGAAGGAGAAAAGGAAUGUGUUGAGCAUGGGCUGUAUCUGCUGAGAAACUGACCAUCUUUUGCUUGCUAUGCUGUUCUGUCCCUCACCUUGCAGAAAAAGAAAUUGCUUGGAUUUGACCUGAGGUGCUGUGUCUUUUAGACUGUUGAUUCCUUUCCUUCUGCUGUGUUCGAUAUAUGUACAAUAUUAUAGAAAUGGGAAACUGUUUUACCUGCUUUCAAUCUCAUUCAUUCUGGCCCAAUAACAUGCAUUUUGAAAGCAGUGAUAAAAGACUACUCAAUUUUAAAGCUAUUUUUAUUUUCCCACCAUAAUGCUUUUGGGUGUACCUUUUGGCACUGUUUCCAGCAGAAAUAAAUAUUUUUUCGCACAAUUCUUUUUUUGGUCUCUUUUUACAACCAAACAGUCCAAGCUCUGGAGGAUUUAUGAAGAGUAGGCUUAUAAAUGGUUGUUGUAUGACACCUCUAAGAUCAGAGGAAGUGUGCCUCUGAAUACUAGUUGCGGAAAACAGGUGGAUUUUUUUUUUAUCUGAUCUAAUACGCAAGGUCAGGACAUUCUUAACUUGUCUGCUUGGAUUCAGUCUUGAAAGCAGAUAAAUGGUGGUCCUUGAGCUAUUUGCAUCUGAAAUGGUUUAUUGUGUUGAAUGACGUUCUUGUCAGUUUCCGAAUUAUAGCUAAAGUGCUUUCUGAAAAUCGUUAGGCAAACAUGAGAUUAAUGUCUUCUUGGCCUGUGCCAUUUCAGUUUCUCUUGAACUUGGCUUCCUGGAGAUGAAAUUCUAAAGGGUGUGAUGAUCACGUGAAAAAUUGCAUUCUCUUUUUAAUGUAGGAAGUGCCAUACAGGUCAUUAGGUUUAUCAUUUAAAUCCUCAUGAAACACUUUUCAUCAUUACUGUGUUUGGUUAAAGCAGCCUCUUUUUCCUUUUAGGUUAUUGAUUGUCUAAGACAGAACACAAUGUCUCUUGGAGAACACAAUGUUUCUCACAAGUGAUGGGAAUAUGCAGAGUGGUUUUAUAAAUAUAUCUGUCUCUAACUAGUCUCUGGUAAAUUAGCCCAGUAUAUUGGGAGACAUCCAAAUGUUUGAGCGUGUUCACUAACUCACAUGCACCACUGUUUAGCUAAGUAUGGGACCUUGAAUGUUGUUUGUAGAAGAUGACCUCUUAUUGCUGCACUGAACCUUGCUCAGUUUCAUAAGUGGCUUUUAAUUUGCAAGGGCUGUGGUUUUUCUUCGAGUGCUUUUUUGACUGCUCAUUAAUAAAUAGUUGAGUGUUUUGACAGAUUUGUUUGAUAAAGUACACUUGUAUCAAAACUUUCCUAUUCUUUAGGGACCCAUUUUUUUCUAUACAAAUAUCUAUCUUUACCAAUCCCUGCAGGCCAAGUGUAAUAGGUGGGUGGGGCCACCAACUGUCAGUCAUCUGACAUCAUGCUGCUGCCAUGUGACUGAGAGGUAGGUGGCCCUUUCCACCUGUCAAAAUUGUACGGGUUGGGAGGGACCUGCUUUGCCACGUUUGCCACAUUGAAUAAAUAGCUUUGGAAAGAAACCUUAUCUGUUUUGGCUGCUCUGUGUUUUUCUAACUCAGCUCAGCAUUUAGGAUUGAAAGCAAAGUUCCUUGGUCCCCAUUCAGUAUAAUAGAGAAUCUAGUUCUGGCAAUAAUUGUUUUCCUUUCCACAGAAGUGAAUAAAAAUUGCAAGCUUCCAAACUCUGGGCAGAUAUGCCCAAGGCUUUUUAUGUGUUGCACCUCUGAAGUUUUAUUUUUGCUAAAAAGCAAAUGAAAAGUCAAUAACUUUUUUGUUUACUGCCAGAUUUGGCUGCAAUUUGCAGGCAUAGUUAUCCCUUCUGAGGGGAUGAUAUCUGCCAAGAGAGCAACAAUAUUUCUUUUGUAAAGGCAGGUUUUACAGUUUGGGGAUGGCUAUAAUGGGAAUCAUAGGGUGGUGUUAGAAAAAAAGAACGUGGAUCCCUAGGGAACACUGAGAUGGGGCCAAUGUCACCCACCAGCAAGAACCUUCUUACCCUUAGAGUCAUUGGUGAGUGUGGGCUUCUGCUACUACAGUGGUGCCUCGCAAGACGAAAUUAAUCCGUUCCGCGAGUGUCUUCGUCUAGCGGUUUUUUCGUCUUGCGAAGCAACCCUCUUAGCGGCUUAACGGAUUAGCGCUAUUAGCGGUUUAGCGGCUAUUAAAGGCUUAAAGGCUUAGCGGAUUAGCUGCUAAAAGGCUAUUAAAGGCUUAGCGGCUUAGAUAAAGGGGGGGGGAAGCGAAAAAAAAAUCUCAAGACUCGCAAGACAUUUUCGUCUUGCGAAGCAAGCCCAUAGGGAAAUUCGUCCUGCGAAGCAACUCAAAAACGGAAAACCCUUUCGUCUAGCGGGUUUUCCGUCUUGCGAGGCAUUCGUCUUGCGGGGCACCACUGUACCUUGGAUUUUUGGGAAUAAAAUGCAGAUCUCCAUUUACUUCCAUAGAGAAAGGCAUAGAUCCACAUGAAAACAAUUUGUAAUCCCACCAAACCUCUGUCAUUGGAGUGUCUUGGGAAAUCAGUUGACUGUGAUUUAAUGCAAAAGAUCUGUCCCACCUCUUUACCCCUUCCCCGUUGAGCUCUGGCAUUUCCUUAGUCAGUUUGGUUUUGUGUCUCCGGAGUUGGUGGGUAGCUUUGUUUUUCAACAAAACUGCUUGCUAUUUGCCAGGUCAGACUUUCAUUACAGUACUGAUCAUGGAAGAUUUUUGAGAAAGGACCCUGGUGGUUAUUGGAAACUGGAAAUUCUGCAACACUGAAAGCAAAGUUCACAGAGAGCAGAAUAAAAUCUUAGUGAUUCUCAUAUACCAAAGGAUUCACUGGCUCUUCUGCCCUGGAAGCUGGUUCAGCGGUUUUAAUACAAGUUACUGUAUUAGGAAUUACACGUGCUAUUUUUAUGAUCAUUGUGUAUGGGCAGCAAGACGCAGUAGCCAGGAUGGCUGUUGCUGUGAUAUGAAGACAUGUCCGUGUUUGUUUUAAUUUCUCUGGAGAAGUAAUAAAAUGGGACUAAUAUUUAAACGGAUUCAGUUGAUCAGUUUUAUGUUUUUAUUGCAGCUCAGGGUUUUAACAUUUCUCUUCAGAUAAGAGGGUUGUAUAAUUUGCAAUUCUUGCAUCUCUGGAGGAAAAGGCCUGCUCACAUAGCAUUGAGAACAGGGUGAUGACCAAGCAAAGAGGUUUAGUGUCACAGGAAGGAUCUCCACGUUCAGGACGGGCUGCGCUUCAUUUUCAGCACAGAAAUGAUUGCUGCCAUAGACACAGCUGUUCAAUGUGGACAUUAGCUUGGUUCUUGAAAUGUCACUAAAGGUUGUUGGGGUCAGGCCUGGGAAUGAACUUUGUGGGCUUGAUCAAGGUCUCUGCAGGGGAGAUGUGAACAUUGAAAGCACCCAGAUUUAAAUGCAUGGCAGGCAAGAUUUCCCCUUUUACCCCUGUUUUGAAAGGCUGCAUAUGGUAUAAACCCUGCUAGAGACCCAACAGCCAUUAACUACCAAAGACCCUUUGGACCACAGGUCAUUGUGCAGAGUGGAGUCACGCACUUCGUGCAGCAAUUUUUCAGGGUGCAGCCUCUAAAAGCAUCACCUGUGCAGAUAGAUGGAGAUAAUCUCCCAUCUUUUUUGCAUAGGGUCUAUCUUCCAAAGCCAUACCCAAGAAAAUAUUUUUCUUUCUGUGAGAGGGAAAUGGUUGAGAGAGCCCUAAUACAGUGGUACCUCAGGUUACAUACGCUUCAGGUUACAUACGCUUCAGGUUACAGAUUCCGCUAACCCAGAAAUAAUACCUCGGGUUAAGAACUUUGCUUCAGGAUGAGAACAGAAAUCGUGCUCCGGCAGCGCGGCAGCAGCAGGAGGCCUCAUUAGCUGCUUCAGGUUAAGAACAGUUUCAGGUUAAGAACGGACCUCCAGAACGAAUUAAGUACUUAACCCAAGGUACCACUGUACCAGGUUGAGACUCUGGGCCCUUUGCAUUUUUUAAAUAUAUAUAUAUUUCCAUAGUAAGGAAACAUUACUUUCAGGUUGGUGUUUUGGUGCUGAGGAGUAAUUAAGUAUCUUUCUUUCUUUUUUCUUUUUUUGGCAUGCAGAUGAAGAAGAGGACUUUGUUAAUAAGAAGGUCGCUCCCAAACCCAAGGAAAAUGGGACAUCUGUGGCUAUUCGUUUUGGGACAUCUGGAGCAUCAAAGACUGAUCCCAAACCAAAACUGAAAAAUAAACCCCUAUCGCCAGUAAAACUGACACCAACCUCUGUAAUUGAUUACUUUGGAACUGGUAGCAUUCAGCGAUCAGAGAAGAAACUGGUGUCAAGCAAACGAAAAGAAGUGAGUAAUGCACAAGAGGGUGACUCUUCUAGCUAAUGUGUGCUUAUGAGCAGAAAAGUUCAUGAACUUCAUGAAGAAACUAUUGGUGUGUGGUCUAUAUCAUCUAGACUUCCUUUUAUUAGGGUGUGAGAAGAGCACCUUAAGUUGAUUUUGGAAAUGGCAGUUUGCCACGUAAUGUCAAAUUAAGGAAAAUGAGGGAGGUUGCUCCCUAUAUAAAGAGAGUGACCAUUUUAAAAGGAGAGAGAUUAUGAUACAAAUAAGAGAUGAGGAUGGUGGGUUAUGUCAUUUAAGAUGCAUGAAAUGGAAUAGGAAACAAUGGUCACAGCUACAUCAUGCAUUUAAAGUGCUUUUAUGGCACUGUAACCAUCAUGGAGAAACCUGUGAACUAGUUUGUUAAGGAUUCUGGCCUCCCAGCACCCUUAACAAACUACAGUUCCCAGGAUCCUUCAUGACUUUUAAAAGUGAUACAAGAAUGCUUUAAAUGUAUGGUGUGACUCUGACCAGUGUCUGCUACUGACAACCAUUGACCAUAAAUCUCAAGACAAGCUGACCAGAUACUUUCAUAUCUGUCCUCUUUACACUCAUGUUGAUACAAGGCCAGUUCAGAUUGGGGCAAGGAAUGCAAAACAUUAGUCCAUUUGUUGUGUGGGGAGUGCUGAGUGUUGAAGUACCAUGCGCUUUGAGUCUGUGCCAGUCAGCAAGAAGAGGAAAGCAAAGCCCUUAAUUCUCACUUCCUUGUCUGUGCCUAGCUUUUUGGUUUCUGCCUAUGGAACGUGGCAUGGUUGUGCAAUAAAAUGUGACAAAUGUCCAGAAUCAAUAUGCCGGCACACUAAAAUAUGUGAUCAAUAUUCUUGCCACUGGGUUCUCUGAACUGUUGCUUUGAAAACAUCUUUAUCACCUAGAAUUAGAUUUCCUCCCUGUACAAUUCCUGUUCCACUUGCUUCUUGUUUUAAGCACAGGCAUUUAGGUUGAGGCUUUAUGAUUUUUCUUCUCAUUCAUUAUUCCAUGAUGCUUGUCUAAGUAAUGGGUUCACUGUGAGCUCCCCUGUGAUUCUUCUCUCUUUGCGGUGCAGCUGUCACAAAGCAGGGAUCCCACACUAGAUGAUGAGGCUGUUGCCAGGCAGCUACAGCUUGAAGAGAAUACAGAGGUAACGACAGACAAAUAAGCAUGUGCACUUCUCUGGCUUUUUUAGCACAGUUUUCCUCGAUAACAAAUAUGAAAGGCUCCUCUUGCCUGUUUUGUUGCAGUACAGCCAUUCCUGCUGAACCUUUCCUUUUCUAUAGCAUUUUUCUAGGUUGAAUCUUCUUUCCUCUUCCUUCUUCCCCUUUCUCGAUUUAAUUUGAUUCUUCUUUCUAGACCCUAGUAGUAGUUCACAACAUGGAGUGGUCACAACAAAUAAGAAAUUGCCUUGUCCCACCAUAGAUAUUGCCACCCACAUGAAUAAGACACAGUAUUUAGUUCUAGGGUUAACAUAUGAUAAAAGAAGAAAGACUCCUGUGCUCUUUAUUUAAUUCUGUAACCAUCUAAGACUGUAAAGACCUGUAUAGGACAAAGGUUGUGGCGCCCAGACUAGAGAAAGUCCUUGCACAGUCAUGCUAUCUUCAAAGGAAAUUAUUCCCUUGAUAAGGGGAGGCUUUUUUAAAAAAGUGGUUGGCUCUCGUGGGUAGCCUUGACUGGUUAGCUUCAUAAGCAUAUUUGGAAAGUAUUUGCUAAGCUGAGAGGAAGUUUUACUCUUACUUGGUGUUUCCCUGUUGUAGACUGUGGGGGGACAGCUGCAACCUAUGGACUAGCCAGCCCUGCCAAUUUUAUUAUUGGUGGUUAGCCGCCCUGAGCCUGGCCUUGGCUAGGGAGGGUGGGGUAUAAAUAAAAUUUAUUAUUAUUAUUAUUAUUAUUAUUAUUAUUGAAAACCACAAGUGGUGUAGUUGCACUCUUGAGUGAGAUCUGGGUGGUCUGGUCUUGCACAGAGAUUUAAGGCCUCCAGAGGUGUUCUGAAACUGUUCAGAGUAGGUGACCCAAGAGCAGUCUCUGGACCAUGAUGGAAAAUAUCCUAUGCUAAGUGGAAAUCGACUGAAAAUACAAUAUUUGAAAAAAUAUGCAAGAUGUGAAACUCUGGAAAUUUUAUAUAUACUUGUUUUGACUUGGAGACAGGCUGAUCAUAGCUUUCUGCAUUGGCUGCAUUGGCACAGUUAGAAGGUUUUUUCGGCGUUUCAUCCUGUAGCUCCCCACAACUAUAAGAGGAAAGGGGACUUUUCCUGGCACAGCCACACCAAUAGCUGCUACCAGUCAGAGUACAGUGUUAGAAAAAGGAAAGGAUUAUUUGCUGGUGCUGAAACUUGAGCAUUUCAUAGUGAAAUAUAGAAGCUGUAGAUUAUCAGGAUUUCACUGAAGAUAAAAAGCCAUCCUGUUCACUGAAAAUGAACAUUCUCUAUGCAUUUUAAAUACUCAACUAUGUAUGCCAUGUUUAAAUAGAAUGUUAAAGAAAUUGAUAAUUUGGAACAGUGGUUUAGUUUUAGUGUAGUUUAAGAUCUUUUAAAAAGAAAAUAAUAAUGAUCCAAGGCACUAUAGAUGGGAACGUUUCACUUCUUUGCCUGACUUCCGCUUUUGCUGCUGGGCCUGUCUGCAUUCAGCUUCAUACGGCAAACAAGAAAGAUUAAUGCUAUUCAUUGGUCCAAAUAUCCUUCUGUGGCUCACAAUUGCAUAAAAGUAAACCCUGUGGCACUCUUCUGCUUAUAAAGUUAUCUGUCUGAAUCAUGCGUUGAGGCAAGUUUUGAUCUCAUUGUUGCCAAAAGAUUGGAUUUGUGUAAUGUGUGCAGAACAGCUCUUAUCAAUAAAUCUCUUGGCAAGAACAAAUUAGCUUUCCUCUUAAGAAACGAUAUUUGAUAAUAGCAGGAUGCAGCAAAUGCUGUAUUUAUUGCAUUAAGGGCGGAAUGAAGGAGAAAUUCACUUGUUUUUUCCUUAUUGUGUUUGACUGAAACUUGAGUGCAUAUUUGUUCUAGGAAAGAAAGCCAUUUCAGAAAAUAGCUUUUUGAAAUGGGUUGAGGAAGUGUUGUGUUAUACGAGGGGUGGGGAACUUCAGACCAAGGGACAAAAUGUGGCCCUCAGCCCUCUCUGCCUGGCCCUUGAGACUCUCUCCAGGGCAUACCCCUCACUGGUCCUGCUUAAUCCCUUCCUUGUGUGCUUCUGCUUGGCUUGAAUGUGUCCUUAAGUGUGAUGGUGCUUCUUACUUGCAUGGAUAGAUAGACACUUGCCUAGAAAUAUCUGAAUUUUGCAUGGCUUGACUGUAUCCUGUCGUGCAAAGGCAAGAGCCCCGUCUGUUGCUACACCAGCUUUUAGCCUCUAGCCAUGCCCACCACUGGUAUUCAUGCCCUAGAAGGUUGCCAUGAGGAAGCAUGUUCCUCAUACUGAAAAGGAAUCUGCACUCCGGCUUAUACCCUGCUCUCAUAGCCUGCGCAGUAAAAUCACAGUGUGACACAUUUAGGGUGAAAGUGGGCACGGCCUUGGCGAACUUUCCUCUGACAAUUUCAGGCAGGUUGUACCAAAAAUAGGUGGGGUUGCAGUUGAGGAGCUGGAGGACCUGAUGUGUCUUAUUUAUAAAUGCCAGCUAACUGACUUAAUAUUGCUACUUGCAAGAAGGAUUAGAUGAAAUUAUUUGUGGUCUAGUGGUGGUUAGCUAACACUUGAUUUAAAUUUAUCCAUGAGCAGUACUUCCUCCCCUCUUUGGUUUUCCUUAGAUUGGCUCAAAAAAUGCUGUAAUAAUUAUCUUGCCUCCUCAAAAAGGGGGGAGGUUGUCUUCUUCUGAGCCAAUGAGUUAAAUCAGACCAUAGGACUGUGCAAUUCCUUCCCCAAGCACCCCUUCAAACUCUGUCCCAUAACUGAUGUGCAGGUAUACCUUCCCAUUUCGUGCUACUUACGCAACAAGCCAGGUGUCGCAAUUGUAGUUUUCCCAGCACUUGGUGAAGACCACUUUGAUUUACAUUUCCCAGCAUUGCUGGUGCUUGGCUUACUACCAUAGCAGCAAUAUGUCAAUCUGGGACCAUUGUUGGUGGCAAGAGGAACAUGGUUCUUCUCUGCCUUGAAUUGCAGUCAAAUUGAGUUGAUGAAGAAUCAUCAAUGGCAAGGAAGUUUUAUAUUCCAAGGCAAUGAAUUAUAAAGUUCAGUAACAUCCCUAGUUUAGGUAGCAUAGUAAUCCUCUGAUUUUUAGCAGUGUCCGUUUACUUAUCAAUACCAAUUGUGAUGCAUUAAUCCCUUCUUUCAGUUGGAGAGGCAACUGCAUGAAGAUGAAGAAUUUGCCAGAACUCUGGCCAUGCUGGAUGAAACCCCAAAGAAGAAAAAGGUAACAUCUUACGAACUGGUUGCUCUGUGCAACUACUUCACAAACGGUGGGUGCAAGUGGAAAUGUGACAGUGGAUCAUAGUCACCUUGUAUAUGAUGUGGGUAUGACAGUGGAAGGCUUUGUUAUCUCUGGCAUGUUUCUUUAUUUUGAGAAAGAGCCUGCUUCUCUUUGUGUGCCUCUUCCAAACUCUUCUUCCUGAUGGACCCAAGUUGAGGACUAUUGCAGAGGUUUGGCUUGGUUGCCAACUCCUGUCCUAUGCUCAUCAGACAGACCUCCGGUCGAAACCAAAUUCUGCUGCAUGCCGUAGGCCAUAGCUUCAAAUGAUUCAUGCAGUAGAGAUGAAUGUGGCAAUACAGAAGUUCAUCUGAUGACCUUGUGUUGCAUGAGCACAAUCUUGUUUUGAUUGGGAUGGGUGCACUCAAUGGUGACUAUGAUUUUGUGAUCAUCUCUUGUCACUUUCUGCCAAUAAGCCUGAAUUUUAAAGGACAGUGUCACCACACUUUAAAAUAUUCCACCCCAUAUACAACAACAACAGUUUUAUUAUUUGUUUGCCACCCACCUGACUGGGUUGCCCCAGCCACUCUGGGUGGCUCCCAACAGACUAUUAAAAACACGAUAAAACAUUAAACAUUAAAAACUUCCCUAAACAUCUUAAGUGUAAAUCUGUUAAUGUCCAUCUGUUAAUGUCCUAUUUGUUUUACUGAGUUUUAAAUAUAGACUGUUUAAAAUACUUUGCAGUUUGUAUUUAGCUUAUUUAAAACUCAACAAAAGAAUUGGACAUCAUCUUAAAAUGAUUCAGACUGAUUGUUUAUUUACAAAAAUAGAUUCCUAUUUCCUAUUUGCAAUAGCUUCAUCAUAAUAGUUAUUCAUGAGCACAUGUCUUUUAGCCUCGAAAAGAUCCAGAAGAGAAACAGAUAACUUCAACAGUCAAAACUAGUCCAGUUGAAGCAGAAAAACAUAAACAGGCUCCUAAAGGUAAUUUUUGUCCAGCAAAAUAGUAGUUUAACUUUCAAGGCUGAGGUGGUAGCACUAAUUUUUAAUCUGCAACAUGUUCUUCUCUCUCCAGUAAAACCUGCCAGUUCAACUGUGGACACAAGACCUAAUUCUGCAAAGGACCAGGUUUGCUCAGAAAGUACAAAAACAUGGAGUCAGCACCCUGAGUCUUCCAUUAGUAAAGAGAGGAAGGAUUUGGGGAAUAAGGUGCUGCCCUCAAAGCCAAGUUCCAAGUUGGCUGUGCUGAAGCAAAAAUCAGAAAGUAUUAAAGUAGAAAAUGGAACUCCAAAAGGAGAAACGAUAAAAAAUGAAAGUAGGACUCCAAAAGUAAAGUCGCUUUUACCAGAGGAGACACCUAGAAAGGAGAAGGUUACUCCCCCCAAAUCUAAGGUAGGUUUGAAGACCACACUUUAGGAACUGCAGAUUUCAUCAUUAUUUUGAAUGCAUGUUGAUGGAACUUGAAAGGUCUUGUGUGGCCUGACAUGGAUUGAACCAAUGCCUUGGCAUGGUAGUGGACUGGAUGAAGACAAACAAGCUGGGAUGCAAUUCCAGACAAGAUGGAAUUGGUUGGUGGGUCAUCCAUCUGGCUGAAUGCUGGGCAGCCUGUCCUAGGUGAGGUCACACUCCCAAAAAUAAUUUGGCUUUCAGUUUAGGGGUACUUAUUGACCCAGUACUGUCAUUAAAGGCCUAAGUGAUUUCUGUGGCUGAAACUGCCUUUUAUCACCUUGGCUAAUAACACCAGCUGUGACUUGACCUGGAUGGUAAUGGCUUGGCUCUGGUAAUAUCCUAUUUAGACUAUUGUAAUAUAUUUAAACAUGGACCUGCUUUUAAAAAUGGUUCAGAAACUGAAGAUGGUUCAGAAUAAGAACCAUCUUAUUCUGUGCAUUUCCAGGCCAAACUUGGAAGUGUUGCUUUAACCUAGAAUGUCCUAAAAAGCUUAGAACAAAAUUUCCUCAGAGAUGGCCUUUCCCCAUAUGUACCUAUCAAAAAAUAAGGGUUGCCUUCAGAGGCCCUGCUUUGAGUGUCCCCACCAAAUGAAGUGAGGGGGGGUAACCACCAGGAAGAAGGUAUUUUUGGGGGUCCCCCUUUUUGUGGGAACAGCCUUCCCAGAAAGCUUUGCCCAGUGCAAUCGUUGCCAGCUGAGGAUCCCUCCCAUUCACCCGGGUCUUUUAAAUAGCUUCAUGCCAUAUGUCUGAUGGUAUUUUAAUUGUUUUGUGUUGUAUUUUAAUUGUUAUGUCACACAGAGAAUAUAUGUUACAAGACGCUGUAUAAACGUAGUAAACAACAGAUUUAUCUGUUUAUUUCAUAAAAUUUAUACACUGUUUGAUUGUGAAAAACCUCAAAAGAGAAAACAGUAAAAUCAAGAAAAAUUCACAGCCAUUCUCUAAAGCAUGCAAAAGUUAAAAUACUAAGACAGAUUAAAAUGACCUCAAAUUCCUUUGUGUCCAGUUUAAAUAUCAUACAUUGAUCUGGUUUGCAUGCAUAUCGCUAGCCUACCUAUUUGUUCAGAGAGCUCAGGCCAAGUGAAGAAUAAAUGGGGUUUUUUGGUCUCUCCCCUUGUAGUCCCAGUGUCCCAAUAAGUGUGCCCAUACUAUACUUUCAACGGAUUAGUGGUCUUGUGUCUGAUGCUUUUUGCCAGGCAAGGAUUUAGAAUUUAGCUGAACAGGCUGGAUAUCCUCAAUCCCUAUUACAGUGUGCUCUUCAGCGCACUCCCUGCUGUCAACACUAUAGCGUGAAUAAUAUAGGGCUGUAUUGGGGUGCAGGGGAGAUUUCAGUUCCAACAUCAAUUUCAUCUCUGUUGUGAACUGGCUUUGGACAAGCUGCAGAGAUGACAGUCCAUUUUAGCCACCUUCUGUUUAUAGCUUUUUUUGCACAAUUCUGUGCACCGAAGACAUUGCUCAGAAUGGGCAGAGUGCUUGAUCAGCUGCUCAACACACAAGAGUUUGUGUGUCCAGCUUCUUGUAUUUUUUGCUCUUCAGGGAGCAUGGAAGAGUAGCAUCAGUCCUUGAAGAAACUGAACUGUUUUUUUAAAAAUAGGUAGGCCUUAAUUUGAGUGAAGAUUAACAUACCAGAAGUGUGUUCAAACUUAUCCUAAAUGAUUGGUGUACAAAUAAUUUGUAUUUGGGUUUAUCUCUAUUAAUGUUUGCUCAUCUCUUUACAUUAUUUGAACUGGGUGGAACCUGAUUGCUAUGUGAUUUUUCUUUUCAAAGUCUGUAAGUCCUGAGGACUCUGAAAAGAAGCGAGCCAACUAUCAAGCUUACAGAAGCUAUCUUAAUCGUGAAGGCCCAAGAGCGCUUGGCUCUAAGGAGAUCCCACAAGUAAGUGCAGACAUUUCUUGCAGAAACAUAUCACGAGUGAUUGGUAUUUCUAGUAGUACUGGGCCUAGCAACUCCUUCUAGACUUUCUCAUCUCUCUCUCCCAGGCCUACUGUAUUCUAACCAGAUACUGUAGAAUAAAUGUGCAUUUAAGGCCAGACAGCUGAAAUUGUGCAUAUUUGCUGACAAAGCUGUCUUCAGGUUUGCAGACUGUUCUGCAAGCCAGCAGUAUGUUUAUACUGUGCCAAAGAUCAGUUUUCAUUUCAGCAUGAUGAAGAACAAAAUCAUUUUUCAAGCAGCCCUUUUUUACUUUUCCUCUCUGUGGAACACUGCUGCUGUAGCUUUCAUGUCAACUGCCUUAAACCUAAUGCUGCCCAUUGGCACCGUUUUUUCUCCUUAGGGUGGUGAAAAUUGCUUUGAAGGCCUGACGUUUGUGAUCACAGGCAUCUUGGAAUCCAUUGAACGCGAUGAGGCCAAAUCUCUGAUUGAGCGCUAUGGAGGGAAAGUAACUGGGAAUAUCAGCAAGAAGACAGACUAUCUUGUGAAGGGUCGUGACUGCGGUGCAGCCAAGAUUGACAAGGUAAGUUGUUACUGUGUGGUCAUGGAGUCCUUGCUUUGUCAUAACAAGCGAUAUCUUGCCUCCCUGACCUAUGUAUCCUCUUCUCCUAUCAAGCCAUGUCCCGGUCUUGAGAACAGAAUGGCUUCACUGGAUUGGAUCAAGGUUCAUCUUUUCCAAUAUUCUGUCCCCAGCAGCGCCCAGCACUGCCUUUGGAAAUGUCUGGUCCAUGCACAAUGGCAAAGGCUAUCCUUGCUUAUCUCUCAUGCCUGGUAUUCUGAAGUGCACUGCCUCUGAAUCUCAAAGUUCCAUUUAACUAUCUUGGCUAAUACAAGUUUAAUCCUUUAAAAAGCCAAGUAAUGGGCAUUGCUGUAACUCUUCUCCAACCUACUCCAGAUGUGUUAGACUACGGCUCCCAUCAUCCCUGACCAUUGGCUAUGCUGGCUGGGGCUGAUGGGAACUGGAGUCCAAAACAAACAUCAGGAAGCUAUCAAUGGUAAGAGGCUGCCAUAACUCAUGGCAGUGAUUUGCAUGAACUAACAUUGUGUGUGAAAGUACUGUGUUUUUGUUUGUUUGUUUGUUUGUUUGUUUGUUUGUUUGUUUGAAUGGAACUAACCAGGGUGGAUAAAACAAUCAACAAUUAAAAAUGGAUUCUUUUGAUUUAAAUCAGAUUUCUUUUAUUUAAAUUGGAUUUUUAAAAUAAAAUGCUUUUGGAGGAAAAAUCUUUCUAAAGAAAGUUUUCUAUUUAAGUUACAUUAUAGUCCAAAAGCUAUUCAUCAGGAAAUAGGGAUUUGUUUUAAGUUUUUCAUGUGUACUAAAACUCAGUCUAAGUUGUUUUCUUAAAAUAGUUUAGCCUUAUCAGUUAACAAACAUGGAUACAUAUGCUAUAAAGUUAUUGUUUUAGUUAAAUAAAUUGUUUAAAUUGUUAUUAAGGAAAUUAUUAUUUUUCUCCUUCCAAUAAAGUACAGCAGAAAAGUUGUCCAAAUAUAAAUAGUUAACUUAUUAAACCUCACAAUAAUUUCAUAAUUACCGUAGAUUCCGGCAUAUUAGGCGAUUGGGCAUAUUAGACUACCCCCCCAAAUUGGCAGCUGCUCCGCCCCUGCUGCUCCUUGUUUUAGCGUUUCGUAAACUGCUUUGAAGGGUUUUUUUACAGUCAAAAAGCGUAUAAAUUUUAUGAAAUAAAAUGAAAUAAAUCUAAAUACAAAAAGGUUUAUUUCAGCGCUUUUGAUGAAACAAACUUUUAAAAAUUAACUCUUACCACAACCCCAGCCUAUUUGAAAUAGGGGUUGGGGGGGUGCUAAUUUUCUUUCAAGACAGCUCUCUGCAGGGUACAGUGGUACCUUGAUUCUUGAAUUUAAUCCAUUCUGGGAGUCUGUUUGACUCCCGAAACCAUUGAAAAACCAAGGUGCAGCUUCCGAUUGGCUGCAGGAAUUUCCUGCACUCAAUUGGAAGCCACAUCUGAUGUUUGGCUUCUGAAAAACGUUUGCAAACAGGAACACCUCCGGGUUUGCGGCGUUCAGGAGCCAAUUUGUUUGACAACUAACCUGUUCGGAAACCAAGGUACCACUGUACUCGUUUUGUGUGGCUCCUUUUGGAGGGGAUGCAGGAGGCCCUCUGGAACACAGUGAAGUUCGUUUGAGGAAAAUCCAUUAGGGUUUGAAAUGGUUUCAUUCCGGGAUGGCAGAUUGGCGCUUGCAGAUAGAGAUAUUCUGCCUAACAUCAGUUUACAAAUGGCUGACAUUGAAUCUGCUCCCCCAAGGAAUAUCCCCACUGAUCCUCUGUGACCAGUUCCAGUCAGGCUGGCAGACAGCAGUCCUGAACACCCGUCAGAAACUGGGUUUUGCCCCUCAAGCCCUUCUAAGUGUGGGAUUCGGCCAGGCAAAAGCUACGGUCAGGCAAAGAAUCAUAGACACCGAGAGACAACAGGACUGCUCAAGGUGCCCCGACUAUAAAAUUGGAGAAAUCGAGAGAUAUAUAGCCGCACCGGAAGCAUAUCUCUUCUUUCUCGUAUCCAAAAAUGCUAGAAGGCCCUUUACACUCGCCAGAAGCUCGGCUCUGCCCUCGCUGGUCCUGGAAGGAGCCUUUAAAAAAGUCCCAUAUGCCCAGAGACUCUGUGCCUGUUCAUUGGGGGAUAUGGGAAGCCCAGAGCACUUGUUCUUUAGAUGUCCCUUUUAUGAAGAGGCACAUAGUAAGACCAUUGAUCCCCUACUGGUGAGGCUCACUGACUUCCCGGAAAAGCAAAAAUUCGACCUUUUCCUGUUAGGCAAAGAUCAUAAGACGACCCGGAUGGUCACCAGAUGGUAAAGAUCUGUAGGCGCAGACCAUCCCCCGACUCAAACUAGUUUAUGAAGAAAAUCCCCAAACUCGGUUCCAUGGGUAACUGGGUCAUAUCUGUGCAGUAGCUUAUCUUAAAGUUUUAAGUGUCUAUAUGCUUAUCACAUUUAUAAAUUUUAAAUUUAUUGUUGUACAUUGUUUUAACUGUUUGUUUUCUUUCUGGGAUUGUACUCCCAAGUGUGUUUUAUAAGCUACUCUCCAACCAUAAUAAAUUAUCUUGUCUGUCUAUCUAUCUGUCUGUCUAUCUAUCUAUUUAUAGAGAUAUUCAUCCAGUACAUUGUAUUGUACAUUAUUGGAAAUAAACAUUCCUCCUCACUCCUGCGCUACUUUAGUUAAGUACAAUUGUCACCUUGCAGCUGCUUGAUACAAAGUGCACUCCUCAGUGUGUUUACACUAAAUUCAAGGGCACUUCCAAAUAAAUGUGCUUAGGAUUACAGCUUUAAAUGUAUCCUGCAUUUAGUGAAAUGGCCUUUUUCUGAGUUCCAUUUUGUUAGCACUAUCAACAGUACAACUCUUAGACUCAAAGGCUUUCAGCCUCAGCAGUAUGAGGCCAGAUCUUUGUGAUAGGCAGAUUCUCUUCUUCUGGAGCUGAAGGUUGCUUGUUGAGGUGAGGAAAUAAUUAGUGGAGACCUCUGAUUUGAGGUAUAUUUUAUUUGCUUAACCAGGUUCUACAUCUGGUGCAUUUGAACAUGUUAGCUGGGUGCGAUUAUGCUACUUUCUGUCACUGAGCACUAUAAAUGUGAAUAAUUGCAGACUUUGGCUUCUCUUAUAGGCCUUAGCUUUAGGGACAAAAAUAAUUGAUGAAGAUGGUUUAUUUGACCUGAUUCGGAGCAUGCCAGGCAAGAAGUCAAAGUAUGAAGUGGCAGCUGAAGCAGAGGUUUGUACAAAUUAGCUUUAACUGACAACACUCUCUUAAUUCUCUUUUUAAUUGCAGAAGUAGUUCUUUUGAAUAACCUCAAGGCCAAAGAAUGCUUGAUGCCAGGAGAUUCAAUAUCACAUUUCCUAGCAUUGGGUUGUUGCUCAGCCUUCAGAAGAACUGUGGACUCGUGGGGUGGGGGCUAUGAAUUAGAUUGCAGCAUUUUUCCGGGGCGAGUGGGUGCUCUAUCCUUUCCUCACAAGCCAUGUUCACAAGAAAAAGCCUUCUUCCAAGCUGGGGAGAAAAAUUAUAGAAAUCUUUGGGUUUUCUCCUCUUUCCUUACACACAGAGACCAAAAAAACCCCAACUAAAAGUGGAUGAAUAACCUCCUAGUUUGUGUGCUGACACUGAGACUUAAUGUUAUUGCUAUGUAUAGCGAUCUUUUAAAAAACGGUUAUCCAUCUGACAGAAUAGAUAUUCUAUUGUAAUUAGGGUUGGAGAAAAUAAUCUUAAUUCAAUGUGUGUCCCUUGCACAUGAGCAGACUAGUAAGUCUGUGCCAUCUCGAAUCUGUGUGGAUUUCAGGAUAAAUCCUGAAACAGCCUCACACUUUGUCACACUUGUUUAAAACUUCUAAUUUAAAAGUCCCCGGAAGCCAUUGUACAUUAUGAUAUGCCACCCCUUCCUGGUAAUUGUAUGGAGAAAAGGACGACUGCUGUGGAGGCAGCCAACUUUUUUUUUUUUUUUUGCAGUGUGUCCCUGGUAGCCUUAAAGGGACAUAAUAAACCAUAAUUUGGUUUUAACCACAGUUUUAACCACAGUUUAGGGUUCAGACCUAACAGAAAAGUAGUUCUCUUGAAAGCAGAAUAAAAAGCUUUCUCCUUCUAAUGACUGGACUGAAGCAAGCCCAGGGCUCGCUCAAGUAUGAUUUAGUAUACUUAAACUAUAGUUUAGUUUUGUAUCUGAUUGAAGCCAGUGAGCUCCUGUUGCUGAUCUUUUUGAGAAUCCCUUAAUUCCUAGAAGCACCAUUUGAAAGCUUUUGUCUCCGAGCUCAGGCCUGCUAAUUCUGGCAUGUCUUUCCUUUUCAAGGCAAAGAAGGCCAAAUCCAAGUGUGUGAAAACCCCACCGAAAACUGAAGCGGAAAGAAGAAAAAUUAGCCCUCCAACUAGAGAGAGUGAACCCAAAAAGAAAAAAGUCACUCCUGAAAAGGACAAUACUGUCAGAUCUCCCAAGAAGCAAACAAUGGAAGCAAGGAGAGGACUGGACUUUGAUCAGAAAGCGCCGGAGAAAAAGGACCCGAAGGAUGCUGGGAGCCCAAUUCAAAAAGGCAGUAAAGGUGGAGCUGAGGUGUUAUUAUGGGUGGACAAAUACAAGCCCACAUCCCUUAAAACAAUCAUUGGGCAACAAGGUGACCAAAGUUGUGCCAAUAAACUCUUACGUUGGCUUCGAAACUGGCACAGGAAUAUUUCGCAGGACAAACACGGUAAUUGUGCAAUAAAUGAUUCUUCUGGAACUUGACACCUUUUUCCAGGGUCUUGAUGAUGUAUAUUACAUUUAUACAGUACAUCUUAAUGCCAAACCGUAGCCUGGUUGACAGAUAGCGUUGAAACCUGGUUUUAUUUUAAUCUGCUAAUGUUCUGGAUCUGGUCAUUGCAAUGUUAGCGUACAACUGAGUCAGAAUUUUGCUUUUGUCGUGUGUUCCCUUCCCCUCCCAAGGAGUCCAUAGUUGCUACCCCACACAGCUCUCUUACUGCCCCAGCCACUGUUUGUAGAUACAAUACUGCAUUCAGUGAACCAGUAUUAAUGGUUUCAGUCCAGUAAAGCUAUUUAUAAACAGGAUUUUCUAAUUAGCUUCCCACCUUAACACAUCAACUGUAUUUAAUUUGGUUUAAGGAACACAAACCAUGUUUCAGCGUUGCCCUUGAAGCAAGCCUUGCUGAGGAAAUUCUUUACAGUUGAAGCAAAUUAAAUCUAACAUGAAGUUUAAGGCUUAUUAGGUAUCCAUAGGUUUACAGGCUCAGUUUUGCUUUUGAAAAAAAACCCUUUAAUACCUUGCCAUUUCAAACUGAUACAAAACCCACAGACAGUUCAGAGUAAAUUUGCUUGAAUUCUGCAGUGUUUAAUUUAUUUUAAAAUGUUCAUUUUUUCUGGCAUGAAGAACUGAUCUACAUAUUCAGAAUAAUUGUGUGCUCCUGUUGGGACUGUACAACUUUAGAUUGAAAAUGGAGGCUUGCAUGUGGUUAGUUUAUUCAUUUUAAAUUCUUGCAUCCUGUUUUACUACUGCAGGUUCUGCAGGUGGCAUUUAGAUACUGUCUCAUGUAAAACGAAAAGACUUACUGAAAACACUAGCACAUGUAGCCUGGUUUUCUACAUUUGGAUUUUUAAAAAUAAUUUUGGGAUGGGCAGAGAUGUUCAACAUGGCACUCCCUUUGUUGGAUUUGUAAAGCAUCGGGGUUUUUUGUUUUGAAACUGCUUUGUUUCUGUUUCAUUGAACAAUCUCGUUAAACUGUUGCUUGUUUUCCUCUUGGCUGUUAUAUGACAUGGUUGGCUAAAGCUUCCCUUUCUUUUCCCUGCAGCAAAACCCAGUAAGUUUGGAGUCAAAGACGACGGUGCUAGUUCAAAAGCUGCUUUGCUGUCUGGCCCCCCGGGGGUUGGCAAAACGACCACUGCUUCACUAGUUUGCGAAGUGAGUUGCAUUUUUUUUCCAAAAUAGGGACUGCAUGCGAAGGAAACGAGAGCAUUGGGAUGAACUUCUUAGGGGGCUGUUUGAUGGAGGAAGUGACUGAACAACAACAGAAAUGCAUUUUCUGGUAUUGCAGUGGACCUUGACAGCUGCUUUCCUGCUUAAGUCUAUCAGCAAAUCAAAGCUGGCCUGCAUGUCAGUGCUCACCAUAUACAGUGGUACCACGGGUUACAUAUGCUUCAGGUUACAGACUCCGCUAACCCAGAAAUAGUACCUCAGGUUAAAAACUUUGCUUCAGGAUGAGAACAGAAAUCGCGCGGUGGUGGCGCAGCAGCAGCAGGAGGAGGCCCCAUUAGCUAAAGUGGUGCUUCAGGUUAAGAACAGUUUCAGGUUAAGAACAGACCUCCGGAACGAUUAAGUACUUAACCCGAGGUACCACUGUAACAGCAUCAACCUCGGCCAUUAGAAAGUUCUGAAAGUUUCCCCACUUACUGGAGGCGACCACAGUCAAAUACAGUCAAACACUGGUUUUCGAUCGUCUUGGCUGCCAAUCGUCUCAGCUGCCAAACGCCGAAAACCCAGAAGUGAAUGCUUUCAUUUUCACCAUUCACUUUGCCGACAGCCCUUUGUUUUUCGGUUUUUGAACGUUUCAGAAGUCGAACGGACUUCUGGAACGGAUUAUGUUCGAAAACCGAGGUUCUACUGUAUGCAGGUUGACUGGCUUUAGCUGUACUUUCUUUCUCUCUCCCUCUGGCUUCCCUAAGAAUUAGAGGGCUAGGACAAUUGUUUGCUUCUGAUUUGCCGUAUUGGCCCAAAUAUAAGCUGUACCCGAAUAUAAGCCGCACCUUUAAAGUUCAAGGGGAAGAAAGAAAAAAAGACAAUACCCGGAUAAGCCGCUCCCUUAAAAUUCCGCAGGACUCACACCUGUUCUGUUUUACUAUAUGUCUGUUUCAGCAGUGAUAUCGUAAAAGCCCAUUUUUUGUAAGGUUGCGAAUUUAAGCCGCACUUUUCACAGUCGGAAUUUGGAAAAAAAAAGUGUGGCUUAUAUUCAGGCCAAUAUGGUAAUUCAUUUCUGUAUAGGACUCUGAAGUCUGUUUUAAAAAAAACAAGGUUGCAACUGCAAUUGCAUUUUUUUUUAAAAAAAGUUGAAUUAUAAUAUUCUGUGGUAUCCUGUUCUGUGGGUCAGGUCCAUCUGUUUAGUUGACCUAAUCCUCUUUGACUCACUGUUACAAAAGCAGAGCUGCCUGCUUAGUUUUUUCAGGUGGUCAUUUUGUCUUGGGGGGUCAUUUUUAUAUUAGUGGCUGAUCACAAAAACAAUGACUAGUUUAGAGAAGAUCCAGGGCCACAGCUGACCUGAGAAAUAUCUUCUGACUCCCCAAUUUUUAACUGGAAUCAAGUGGUGUGCAUAGAAGAUUGGGGGUUGUGGUUAUUGAUCUUAUUGACCGUAUCUCUAGAAUAAGACUGCUUGUUGGCUGCUGGACUAAUCUAUACAAUAUAAGCAUUUUGUUUGUCUGUCUGUCUUAUUGACACUGCUGUUUUAUUUGUGUGUUUGGCUUAGGAACUGGGCUUGAGCUAUGUGGAAUUAAAUGCCAGUGACACUCGCAGUAAGAACAGCCUGAAGGAGGUGGUUGCCGAAUCUCUAAAUAACACCAGCAUCAAAGAGUUCUGUUCAGGUAUCUUCAUUUCCCUUUCUGGGCAUUCCUUCUUACUGGCUAGAACAAUUAAUGUGGACUUGCUGUCCCCAAUUUCACAGUUAGGCCCUCAUGCUCAAAAAAUGGUAUUCUAUCUUGGAUUGAUUUUUUGUAAGCAGCAACGUUUUCAGGAGAUGGGCAGGUUCACAGCAAACAGUUUACCAUGACAUGAAACUGGGCCUUUCUGGACAGUUUAUUGUUUCUUCUUCUAUCCUAGAAUGUAAUUAAACACAAUCCCUGUCUUAGCAAUACCACAGAUCAUGGUUUGUUUUGCAUCCAACUAACCAUGAUCUGUAACCAAGGUUCAUUCUUGGUUUACUAACUGAGUUUCUUUGGGAUGAAACAAACCAUAAUCCCUGGUUCAAAUGUAAUGUUAAGACAGAGGUGGUGGUUUAUUUCUUCCCUGCACGAAUUGGAAGGAGUGAAGUGGGUGUGGUUUGCUUGUGCGCAGUAAGUUGUGCUUUGUGGCUUACUAUGAAUGCGGCUGUACUGUGUGGGGAGAAGAUCACUUUGCAAUUUUUUACUCCAUCAUCCUCAGGAACAUCAUCUUCAGUCAGCACAAAGCAUGUCCUAAUUAUGGAUGAGGUGGAUGGAAUGGCUGGCAACGAAGACAGGGGAGGCAUCCAGGUAGAAUAAAUUCCAUGAAAAGUGUAAAAGUGAUUAUCGUGAGUUUUUUGGGGGAGGAGGGGUGGAAGUUCAGACAGCACAUGGAACAGAUCUUUAUUAGCUUAAAGGAUAACUGAUUGAAAAUGAGUAUCAUGUCUUUUUUGUCUCAAAAAUAUUUCAUCAUUCCAUUUUGUGCCAACCGCUUCUUUCACAAAAAUGUAAGGAAAAAGCUCAACCUUGCUUUGGUUUAUCAAGUUGGUCUACUAGAAAGCUAUUGCUUUCCUUGAGACUAAUUCACUAACAGCAGCUUGAGCUGGUAAGCAGCUGGGUCAUUGCUAAAUGUCUGAAAGCUAGAUGAGAUGCAUGGCAAACUUCUAUCAAGUUGCACUAAUUUGCACAGCACUGUGGUUGGUACCAGCAGAGCCACACAAACGGCUUCAUGGUGGGGUUGCAUUCUCUAAUUGCAGGAACUGAUUGACCUGAUUAAACAUACAAAGGUUCCUAUAAUUUGUAUGUGUAAUGAUCGGAAUCACCCAAAGAUGCGUUCCCUUGUCCACUACUGCUUUGAUCUUCGCUUUCACAGACCACGCGUGGAGCAGAUUAAGGUAGGCGGUUGACAAAUAAUAUGCUGGGACUCUCUUAAAGUAGGACAAUAAGAAUUGCCUUUCUGGGUCAGUCCAAAGCCUUUCUGCAAGAGAUCCAACAGAUGUUUCCAGGAAGCUUAAAAGCAGGGUGUAACAGUGAUGGCUAUCCAAUUGCUUUAUUUUCCCCAGCUUUGGGGGGGAGGGCAUUGCCUUAGAUGGUACCAUCAGAGAGAAGUGAUUCCACUUAGUUGUCAUGGAUAAUAACCACUUAUAAAUCUAUUCCUCAUGAAUUUCUCUAAUUUCCUUCUCGCAGGGUGCCAUGAUGUCCAUUGCCUUUAAAGAGGGCUUAAAGAUUCCACCACCAGCAAUGAAUGAAGUCAUCUUGGCAGCCAAUCAGGAUAUCAGACAAGUGAGUUAUUGAUCAGUGCCAGCCUUUAAUCCUUAGUCAUUUAUUUAGUCUGCGCUCUAUCCAAGGUGGAUGGAGUUUCAGACACCAAAAUGAAGCAAGCUCUAACCUUUCUGUUUUGUUCUCAGGUUUUACAUAAUCUCAGCAUGUGGUGCGCAAGGAGCAAAUCUCUGACCUACGAUGGUGUCAAAGAGGAUGCUAACAAAGCAAAGAAGGACAUCAAGCUGGUAGGAUGAACUUUGGCUUGGGGAAUGUCAUGUCUGUGCCAGCUUGCUUUGCAACAGGACCUGCAAAAUUAGAUUUUUGCCAGAAACCAGAAGUUGUACCUUGGGCCCCUGUUAAAACCAUGGCUUCAAAUAUCGCUCAGACAGCAGAAAUGUCUAGGUGAUGCCAGGAAUUCUGCCUGUUUGGUUGAGGUGGUUCAGCCAUCAUCAUCAUUAAUAAUAAUAAUAGUAAUAAUAGUAAUAAUAAUAAAAUAAUAAUUUUUUUUAUUGAUUUUCCAGUAUUGUCCCAAUAACAGCCUCAUUCUAAAAAUACCAAUUUUAUCUAAUUAAUACAAUUAUUGGCAAUUAUUCAAAUGUCAAAUUAUACAAUUUAAUUUAACUGGCCCCCUCGCAUGCUAGAGUUGAUUCAUUCAGUCUUCUGCAUUUUUUCUGCGUUCCAAAAUUUUAAUAAUUUUCAUUCCAUUCCGAUAUAAUAAUCCCUUAUACAACAGCUGCAAUCUUGUGAUUUCUAUUCUUGUUGGUAUGAUAGGUAAUUUAUGAAGUUUCACAUGAGGAACUUCAGCUGUAAUCCUUAUUCUUUCCUGCAGCCUUUUAAGCGUUUCACCAAGUGUAACUUUUCCCAUCACCGAGUUGCAGAGGUAGGGAAGGUGCAGCUGACUGAAUUUCUGUGGUUGAUCAUGAGCUGAGUGAGGAAAAACACAAAAUCCUCAUAGGGCAGUAAGCAUAGAGACUAUAAACAAAUGGGCAUAGAUGCUUAAGGAACUGAAUCUUUGUGAAUUCCUUCUGUAAGCUGCUUUUGUACCUUCUAAAUGCUCUAACGUAGUGCUUGGUUCAAAAAAGUAGCAAAAUGAUGUUAAAAUGCAUAUUUAAAUAUAUAGAAUCAUAGAAUCGUAGAUUUGGGACCUUGAGGAUCAUCUAGUCUAACUCCCUGCAAUGCAGGAAUGUGCAGUUGUCCAUGUUUAAACUUGGACCACAGUAAUAUUGCAUCACGUUCUGUUUUUUUACUGUGUUACCAGGAAGGAAGAAGAAACACUGGGUGCUAUUUUUAGCAGCACUCGCAUUUCCAGUAACGUCUAAUUUUGGCCUUAAAAAAGAAAAGUACAAUAAUAGUAUUGGGAACAGGCACUGAAGCUCAUAAUACCCCAGAUAUUGUUAUCUUUGAACAUGUAGGCACUGAACCAAAUCAGACUAAGGCUGCAGUCCUGACCCCACGUACCUGGAAGUAGGGCCCAGUGAAUUCAGUAGGACAUAAUUCUGGGUAAACGUGGCAAUGAUUGUGCUGCAGAGUGUCUUAUUUAUUGGAGUCCUUGAGGUUCAAUGUAAAAUAUGAACCAACCUGGAUCCUUUGAUAAUCAUCGGAGGCCCUUCUUUGUGUGCCCCCUCUAUGAGAGGUCCAGAGGGUGGCAACAGGAGAACGGGCCUUUUCUGUGGUGGCUCCCCAUUUGUGGAAUGCUUUCCCCAGGGAGGCUCACCUGUUGCCUUCAUUACAUAUCUUUAGGCACCGGGCAAACACCUUUCUCUAUAGUCCUUCGGGUGAUUAAACAUUCUAUGGCCUUUUAAAUGUGUCGGGGUGGCGGCGUUAUUGGUUUGUUUUUGUUUUAUAAUGUAUUUUGUGUUCUCAUUUUAUAUUUUUAUGUGGUGAACCGCCCUGUGAUCUUUGGAUGAAUUUAAUAAAUAGUAAGAAAAACACUUGUAGUGGAUACUUGCCCAGAUUAUUCCAGGGCUAAUCUCUGCAAUUGGUGAAGCUUUGCUUGAUGGUAGAAUUCAGAGCCUCUUUAAUUUUUGCAGGGCCCUUUCGAUGUUGUCAGGAAGGUUUUUGCUACCGGAGAAGAGACCUCUCACAUGUCCCUUAUAGACAAAUCGGACCUCUUCUUCCACGAUUACUCUCUCGCCCCGCUCUUUGUCCAGGAGAACUACAUCCACGUGACCCCAGCUGCUGCAGGGUGAGUUAAAUGAAUCUAAACGAUUUGGAUUGUGUAGCUGCAUCAGGACUAACGAAAGUACAAUUGUUUGUGAGUAAUGUGAGCCAUCAUUUCCCCCCAGGGGUAACAUGAAGAAACACCUGAUGUUGCUUAGCAAAGCAGCUGACAGUAUUUGCGAUGGCGACUUAGUUGACCGGCAGAUUCGCAGCCGACAAAAUUGGAACCUUCUACCUACGCAGGUUACCCACUUCUUUAGUUUCCAGAGCAUAUCGUGUGGUUGCCUGAGGGGUAUCUGCUGCUGCUUUGUUGCAGGCUGUGGCAGGAGGAAAAAGCCCAGGAUUUGUGCAAAGUAGAGCGGGGGCUGAACUUUUCAGCCAUGCUUUCCCCCAUCAGUUUGUUUAGCGGGAGGGAGGGGUGAAAACAUACCAGGUAAAAAAACAGGGAGAGGUGGGGAGAAUUUCAGAGAAAUUUGGAGGGGUAUAGUUUUGCCCAUGAGAAACUCUUACAAAGUGACUGAAGGAGGGUGGAUGCUCUCAACUUUGAAAGGUCCUCAUGAACAGCUUUGAAAGCAGGGGUUGUAUUGCCUGUCAGCAGUGUAAUUUCCUGAUUUCAAAGGCCUUUUCUCUCCCUGCUGGGGUGGGAAGGGAUUUGUCUCGGCAGCGAGCACUUUCAAAAGUGAAUCUCAGAGUUGGAAGAGACCACAAGGACUCAUCUAGUCCAACCCCCUGUAAUCUUUUGCCCCAAGUGUGGCUUGAACCUAUGACCCUGAGAGUCUCAUGCUCUACCAACUGAGUUUGGCACAAUUUCCAUCUCAAAGCACAGGAGCCAUGUACAGGGAUCAAAGUUAACAGCCACAGCCUGUGGCUACUUCCCAGUAAGCACCAACCUCUCCCUUGGAAGUUUAUCUGAACCUUCACAUGUGACCUGGCCUGCCUGGUCCUUAAGACUCUCCAAGCUUUGUACCCUCAAGUUACCGUUUUUUCGCUCUAUAAGACGCACCAGACCAUAGGACGCACCUAGUUUUUGGAGGAGGAAAACAAGAAAAAAAAUAUUCUGAAUCCCAGAAGCCAGAACAGCAAGAGGGAUCUGGCUUCUGGGAUAGCCUCUUGCUGUCCUGGCUUACGGGAUAGCCGCGCGCAGCCACUCCUGGGCAGCGGGAUGAAGGCUCCCCCUGCCCGGAAGAGGCUGCGAGUGGCUAAGGCAGAAGUCAGGACAGCAAGCGGGAUCACUGCGUAGCGAGGAGGGAGGAGGGCUGCCCUUCUCCCUCCUUGGGGAAAAGCCCCCAAGAGCCGCACACACGCUCCACACAGCUCUUUAAAGGGAGCACCAAGCAGAGCCUCCCGCCUGCAUUCGCUCCAUAAGACUCACACACAUUUUCCCUUACUUUUUAGGAGGGGAAAAGUGCGUCUUACAGAGCGAAAAAUGUGGUAUUUUGCCUUGCUGGAAUGUGCUUUUAGCCUGUGAUGCCUCUUGCUUUCCUGGACAGAGUGAUAUGUUUGCAGAAACCUCGUCUUUUACGUGAUUGAAAUGUAGCCCACUACUUUGCCUCUUGCUGGGCCCAACACAUGACCCCUGGAAUUAAUGGGGGCCCUGGGCUGGAAGAGGAUCCCUACUCUGUGCUGGUGAUGGGGCUUCCAUCUUCACCUCUGUUCUGCUACUAUUGCCUUGGGUACCAUUCUGUAUUUUCUGUGUAGCGUAUUAGAAAAUAAUGGUGUCCAUUAUAGUCUCCAGGGAAAACUGAUGGAUGUUUCUUUCAUUGUUCAGGCCAUUUAUUCAAGUGUCCUCCCCGGGGAGCUGAUGAGAGGCUACAUGAAACAAUUCCCAAAUUUCCCAAGCUGGCUGGGCAAAUUUUCAUCAACAGGAAAGCACGACCGUAUCAUGCAAGAGCUGUCGAUGCACAUGAGCCUCAGGUAAUCCUGGUGACCUGUGUUGCAAAUUCCCCCAUUAUGGGCAGUGUUAGAAACUCAGAUAUAUAAGCCAAACGGCACCUGAAACUAGGUUAUGAUCACCACAACAGAAUGUUUUGGUACCGUCCCCGUCCCCCAUUAAAUUUAUUCUUACUAUUCAUCUCAUUUCUACACUACUUUAUAUUUUUUUUUAAAUCUCAAAGCAGUUUGCAGCACAUUAAAACAUCAAAAAAACAAAUGCAUGCUUCAGGGGAAAUAUUUCAGAUCCUUCUCUAAGUGACAUUUUGCUUUCCCUAUAUUUAUUUACCUACUUAAUUUAUAUAGCUGCUCCAUAGCACAAGGACUCUAGGAAGCCAGGGUGGUGUAGCGGUUAGUGUGUCGGACUCGGACCUGGGAGAUCAGGGUUCAAAUCCCCAUUCAGUCAUAAAGCUCACUGGGUGACCUUGGGCCAGUCACAGCCUUUUAAUCUACCUCACAGGGUUGUUGUUAAUUGUGUAAACAUGGCCACAGUGAUCAAGUUGCCAAAGGUUUAGAAUGUGAGAUUCUUUUUUACUGGUGGUUACUGAAACCUGCAAAGCAUUUCUUCUGUAGUUAGAAUUCUGCAGAACACAAUUUAUCAACAGGAAAUGGGUCAAAAUGCUGAGUUCUUACACAUUUUUUUCAGUACCCACAUUCUCUCUUGACUUUGCAUUAAACUGGUAUUCCCAUUCUGCAAGAUAGAUCUUAAACAUGUUACGUUGUCGGGUAGAUGACUGCUGCAUUCAUAGUAUUUUGGGUGGGCAGAACAAUUCUGGUUUAGAGAGUAUUCUAUGGGUAAAAGGUCCUGCUGCAUGACUCCUCACCUUUAUCGGUAGUCCCUUGAGCCACAUUGCCUGCUUGGCACAUAGGUACUUUCCAACAUGCUAAGCACGCCCUCCUGCCUCUGUUUUGCCCUUCAGAUGAACUUACAUAUGCUUUAUACCAGUCUGGAAGUAUGGCUAUACUUCAACCCACUGAGUGAUGUUCAUUAGAAUAUCGCAACGAUGGGACCUGCGAUUACCUGUAUGCAGAGCACGAGCCCUCACUGCCUUCAGAAAGGCUUUAGGGGGAAACCCACAUAAUGCUUCUUCUCCCUCCCUAUAGGACACAUGCAAGCAAGAGAGCAGUAAAUCUGGACUAUUUGUCAUACUUACGAGAUGCAAUUGUGAAACCUUUGACUUGCCUGGGAACAGAUGGAGUGCAGGAUGUAGUAGCAUUUAUGGAUACUUACUGCUUGAUGAAGGAAGAUGUCGAAAGCAUAAUGGAAGUAACCAGUUGGGGAGGCAAACCUAGUGAAUUUUCUAAAGUUGAUUCCAAGGUAAGUUGCUCUUACAUGGAUUAUUGUCUGCCAAAAACAUUUUAUGGGCUUCCUUAAAUAGGAUUCUCAUACGUGUGUGUGUCCUCCCCCCCCCCCCCCGGAGCCUCUUGAGUUUGCUGAUAAGGUUGGCAGUUCAAAUUCACAUGGCGGGUUGAGCUCCUGUUGCUCUGUCCCAGCACCUGCCAACCUAGCAGUUUGAAAGCAUACCAGUGCAAGUAGAGAAAUAGGUACCGCUGCAGCAGGAAGGUAAACUGCGUUUCCGUGUGCUCUGGCACUCGUCACGGUGUUCUGUGGUGCCAGAAGUGGUUUAGUCAUGCUGGCCACAUGACCCAGAAAGCUGUCUGUGGACAAACGCUGGCUUCUUUGGCCUGAAGCGAGAUAAGCACUGCACCCCAUAGUCUUAAUUCUACUGGACUUAACCGUCCAGGGAUCCUUUACCUUAGGAGGCAUCCAGAAAUGAGUGCGUUAACUUUCCUUGCACUGUCUAGGCAUGAGUCAUUGGGGGAUUUAACCCUCUGUGCCCACUGGCGGAGGAAGAGGAGUGCAGGGGGAGCGCCUAGCCCUGGUGGGGUGCCAUCGCGGCUGCCUCCCCACCUGCGCUGGGCACCCUGCCCCCAGGAUGUGUGCCAUCCCCGCCCCCGCCUGCUCUCCGCCCCCCCUGGUGCUGGACCAUGAAGCUCCGCCACCGUCUGUGCCUCCUGGGGACACAGAUUACUUAUUGCGAAUAUUCCUUCUAGCAGAUAUGAAGGGAGAAUCAAAGACAGAGAGGGUUAUGUCCCCCAGCCUCAACCAUAUAGGGGGUUUACCCACUUGCUUCCAGGUGCCUUCCACACUAACCAGGGCAUGUCUAGCUCAUCCUUCUCUUAACAUACAAAGGCACUCAGCUUGCUGAAGUCAGUGCCUUUGCAUGGUAUUAGUCACUAGGCUGAUUAUAUAAGCGGUGGGUUUUUUUUAAGAAUGUUUAGAUCUUGUUGUUCAAAUAAGCUCAGAGCAGAACAGAUAAGGUUGUAGGUGGGCCAAUUAACCGACUGCUUCAGAAGUCAACUAGAUUUGCCAUAUGGAAUCCUUUGGGUUUGGCUGAUACAUGAGUCAGGCCCUUGCAGGUAAAGAAGAGUGAGCGAGCAGAAAGGCCUAAGGAAGAUAGUAACAGGCAAGGUUCCGUUUCUGUGGGUUAGAGCUCACGUGUUAAGAUACUUAGGCCAGUUUGUCAGUAUUUGGGAACCUCCCAAAAGUGAGAGUUUAUUCUUAAGAGGAAGAUUUUAUUCCCUUUCAAGGAUGAGAAAUACUGGCCCAUGGGUCGGAUGUGGCCCACAGCAGGUUUGCGGUCCAGUCCACAAUCUCUCCCCUGCACACAACAAUUAGGCUCAAUUGUGGUGGGAGGGUUAGCCCUGCCCUGCCCUGGCCAUAAAUGGGACCUUUUUCCAAGACUAACUGCUGUGCACACAAGAUAUUUAUGGCUGAGAAAGAAGGGAGAGGUUUGACAGAAUGGAAAUGGGUAGCUCCACUCUACUCCAACAACUUUAGCUUUGGAUCUAUCCACCAACUCUGCUCCCAUCCACCCCAAGUCAGAUAAACACCUCUUGAAUGAUUUUUAUCCUGAGGAAAUGUUCUUGACAUUGGACUGCACUCCUUGGCUGGGACCCUUUUCCUCCUCCUCCUCUCAUUGAAAAUGGAAAUCUCCUUUUCUCUUCAAAAUGUUCUACCCUUGUUUUGUUUUACUGGGGAUGAUGUGUCCUAGCUGAGGUUCAGUUUAAACCUAACAAGGUUCAGUUUAAACCUAACACAGUGGUUUUCAAACAUCCUUACAUCUUCUCAUGCAACCACUGUUUUUGCAGAGCAUUUGCAGAGCAUUCCAAGGCAUGGUGUUCAGGGUUGUUGGACUCCAUUACUUCAUGUGAACCGAGUGAAGGCUGGCAAACACCUGCCUUGCAUUUGCACAUUACUUGAAAAGAUCAGCAGUAAUGGAAAAGCUGUCUUUUCAGAAAACCUUUCUGCUAUUAUUGCCCUUACGGUACUCCUGAAUUCCCCAGAAUGCUGCUUCAAAACUGCUGCUCACAGCUGGUAAGUGGCCACAGAGAAACUUCAGUGUCUUUCCUUUAUUGUGUGCAGGUUAAAUCUGCCUUCACGCGAGCCUAUAACAAAGAGGCACACCUUACACCAUAUUCUCUGCAAGUGGUGCAUAAGGCGAAUCGACGAGCAGGAUCGACGGUGGAUGAAGAACUGGAAGCUGAAGAAAUCCCGUCUGAGAAUGAGCAAGACACUAUUGAAAAUGAUGCAAUGAUUAAGGUAACAUUUUUUGGCUGACAGGGCAGUUAAAUGCCAGGGAAAAUCAAACCAUCUUUAAAGGUUUAAUAAAACCAGGGACUGAUUUGCACAAGGCUUCUGUCAUAUGCCAGUGUGUGUUUUUAUUAAGUCUUGUUUACACCAGUAAAGUGAUUGGUCUGAAGUUGGGGCCAAAAGUGUUCAGACACCUUGAUUCUUAAAUCCUUAGUAACCCCCCCCCCCCGGCUUGCAACAGAUGACUUGUUCAUAGCAGGAAAAUAAAUUAGAGCCUGAUAACUGUCAUAUGUUUUCAUAAUGUUGGAAGCUGAGGGUAGCCCUUGAAUGUUUGCUUUCCACAAGAGCUUUGGGAAUUAUUCCUCUGGAGGUGUACGUGUGGAAAAUGUUAUGUGAAAAUUAAUAAUCCAUAGUCUUUUCAGGGAAGAUUUGCAAGCGGGAAAUAGCAGUUAUCUUGGACCUUUGCAUUUCUCGACAGACACAUGGAAUGCAGUUCCACUGCAUACUCUGUGUAUUUCCAUGGGAACAUGUUCCAUUUCCCAUGGAAGCAGCUGUUGUGGGGAACCAACCCUGAGUAAAUGUAGUAGUGGCCUUAUUUGCAUAUCAUGGUAAACCAGGGGUAAUAGUUUACAGUGCAUCUAAACCUACGAGGAUCAUGGUUUGUCUUACUGAAAGCAAACUAGUAUUAUAACAUCUCUGAAAACUGGCAAGUUGAUGUCUUCAUAUGCCAUCUUUCCUUACUGAAGAAAUGUUGCCAUGAUACAUUAUUCUAUCAUGCUAACUGUGUUGCAGUUGUGAAACCUUGCAAUUUAAUAGAAACUGUCCUCAAUACUACUGAUUUUCUGGCAUGAAGUAUAAAAUGUGACGUUAUUUUUCUUCAUCUGUAUAAUUUUCCUUAUAAUCAUUUGGUUUUCAUUCCCAUCCUUUCUAAAUGUUCACUGAACUUCGAAGUGUGAGCAGGGAAGUAUUACAGGAAAGAUGCUUUUAUUUAUUUGUUCUGGUCAACUUAUCCCUUCAUACUUUCUCUUUCCUUACAGCUUCCCUUGGGAAGGAGGGGUGGUAUUUUUAAAAAAGAAAUGUGUGCUUUUUUGGCCUGGGUGAUAUGUUGAUACAUGGGCCAGACCAUGAUGGCUGCUUCAUCCGGUGGUGUAUCGCAGGUGAGACAGUUGCUGCUCCUGAGUCCCUCUGCCACACCAGAGGGACACAGGAGUGGCUGCUGUUUCACCUGCAGGAAGCUUCUUUCAGCUGCUCUGCAGUGGAGCAGUUUAAUGAAGCCCCCAUGGGGGGGGGGCGCAUUGGCCAGCUGAGAAACUGAUCAAGCCCCCCCCCCCGGGGUACAGGCAGCUGCGUGUCCCUCGGUGGGUGGAAACCCUGCAACCAAAGCCUUACAGGCUCCACCUGCUUGGCUACUGCCACCUGGCUGGACAGACUGCGUCUUUACUCCCAGGGUGAUUGACCAGGGUAAAGAUGCAGCACACCUGCUUGGAUGAAGGCAGCCAGGGGCACCCAGUCGUCCACAGAAGCAAGUGGCUGGUCUUACAACUCCCAAGUGACCAACAAGGAGGAAAGAGACUGCCCCCCUGCCUGCUCAGGAGGAGGCAACACACAGAGCAGCUUAAGGAAGCCCCUAUGACCCUACCCUCCAGCUUGUAUGGUAACGUAAAGGGGCUUGCUCAGCUGAAGGCCUGGGCAAUGUAGCUGGCUGCUUCUUCCUCCCCUAAGGUGCAGAGGAGGAAGCAGCCGAUACAUUUCAGACAUUAUGGUAUAGCAGCAUUUAGCUGCUGCUAUACCACAAUGCUGAAAACCAUAUCGCCCAGCUCUAGUGCUUUUGGAGACCUUAAAAGCAAUUUGCAAGUAUUCCUUGGGACCGAAAUUUUCAUCUGACUUAAAACCUGAUUUUUCUUUUCUGCAGAAGACAACCAAGACUGCUAAACAACCAAAAAGGAACGGAGAUGUUAAAAAGGGGAAAGCCAAGAAGAAGUCUAAAUAAAUGGUUCAGUGCUGACAAAUGCUCCGAACCAGCUAUGCAACUGUUACUUUAUGCUGGAGGUGUUGAUAAAACAAGCUUAGUCAUUUUAUCAUCACUACACAAAUACAAAUAUGUAAUAUACUGAAUAAAUAGGACUAAAUGCAAUUCUCUGUCUACUGAUUUGUAUGCGCAGUGGCUUAGUUAACAUCUAGAAAAAAUAAACACUGGCCUGUUUGUUGCAUUUACAAUAUUUCAUCUGUGCAAAGCUGAUACUUUUUAAAAAUAGCUAUUAUUAUGUUUUCAAUUCCUGUAUAUAUAUAGUAUAUAGAUUGGUCUCUUGUACAUUAUGAGAACACAGCAAUGUUUAAAAAUUGCAAUAAAACUAAUUUCAUAUUUUU